AUGAGGCUAUGGUGUGACAGCUCCUGUCAUCUUCAACCUCAGCCAACUCACCUUUGUCUUAUCCUCAAAUUGUUUGCCAACCUCAGUAUACUAUUAACCGUAUAAUAGAAGCUGUCCUGAGCUUCCGAAACUUGAAAUGAUCUGAAUCCACUCUUGAAUCAUCGACUCGGAAAACGCGCUCAACAAGCUCAGCCUAAGUACUGCUAGUACCCCUAAAUACACUCAAUUCAUUCACCAUGAAUCUUUUCUCCGGAUCCAAAGCCCUUAGCUGGUGUCUUUGCAUCUGGGCCCUAUUAUAUGCCACAGCUUUAGGCUUCAUUCCACUGCCCAAGCUUCGAGGUGUCGUCCAAUCAUCCCUUAGCCCAGCUGAAGCUUCGGAGUCCGCUGAACCCCUCCCUAAACGGGUUGCAAUCAUCGGGGCUGGUGCCGCUGGUGCAUCCACCGCCUACUCACUGCGAAAGUAUGCUGAAGAACAAGGCGUUCAACUCAACAUUACUGUUUUCGAGCGUGCUGAUUAUGUUGGAGGCCGCUCAACGACAGUCAAUGUGUUUGAUAACCCAGCUUAUCCCAUUGAGCUUGGGGCUUCGAUAUUCGUCGAAGUGAAUUACAACCUCGUCAAUGCAUCCAAAGAUCUUGGCCUCGGUGUUAAGAGCGCCGGCUAUGAGCGCCCCCAUGAGACAGCAGAAGUUCUCGGCGUCUGGGAUGGGAAGGAGUUUGUCUUCGUGAUGGAAGAGUCCUCCAGCUGGUGGAAUAUUGCAAAGCUCAUCUGGCGAUAUGGCUUGGCCCCGGUGCGGACCCAGAACCUGAUGAAGAGCACCGUCAACAAGUUCCUCCAGCUCUACAACGAGCCAAUGUUCCCCUUCCAGUCUCUUACUGCAGCUGCUGCCUCAGUAGGACUUUUAGAUGCCACAUCCACCCCGGGAGCCACAUUCUUGACGAAAAACAGCAUUGGCGAUGACUUCGCCCGUGAAAUCAUCCAGGCCAGCACACGGGUCAACUACGGGCAGAACAUACCCUUGAUCCACGGCCUCGAAACCAUGGUCUGCAUGGCAACAGACGGCGCCGUAGCCAUUGAGGGCGGAAACUGGCGCAUCUUCGACGGGAUGCUCAAAUCCGCUGGCGUCGACCUCCGCCUCAACCACACCGUAAGCACCAUCACACGGAACGUGGACAAAAACACCGUAACCCUCGACUUCUCGGACCAGCGACUCAAACGGAUCCACGCCGCCGACUUUGACGAAGUCGUCAUCGCAGCUCCAUAUCAGUACUCGGGCCUCACCGUCAACCCUCCACUUGAACGCACGCCCGACACAAUCCCCUUCCAAACCCUGCACGUAACCCUCUUCUCCUCUCCGCACCGCCUCUCCUGGAAGUACUUCAACCUCAAGGGUCCAUCGGAGCAUACACCCGAGACGAUCCUCACCACGCUCCCACGGGGUACAGACCUCGGCGACACGGAAGAAGGCGUCGGGCCCGCCGGAUUCUGGAGCAUAAGUACCCUCCGCACGGUGACCACCGAGAACAAGGAAACGCACUACGUCUACAAGAUUUUCUCGCCCGCUCGCCCAACAGCAACCUUCAUCAACGACAUCCUAGGCAUCCAACAAUCCGACUCAACAUCAGCAAACUCAGGGUCAGACCCUGACUACUCCGUCAUCGGCGACAUCCCCAAGGAAGACGUAAGUUGGUUCUACGAGAAAUUCUGGCACCCGUACCCGUUCAUGUAUCCGCGUGUCACAUUUGAGGAUCCGAUCCUGGCUCCUAGUGUUUGGUAUACGGGCGGGAUUGAGAGUUUCAUUUCGACAAUGGAGACGAGCGCGUUGAUGGGGAAAAAUGUUGCUGCAUUGAUUGCGAGGUCCUGGGAGGACCAGGAUGAGGAUGGGGAGGUCAAAGGGCUGGAUGAUGCGCCGGUCGAUGAUGAGAGGGUUGAGCUUUGAUUCCGGCUUGAUCGACGUCAUACUCCUGGGUCCUGGCAGGACGUAGUAGACAAUAUACACUAUUUUGAAUAGCUGCUUGGACUUCUACCAUGAACUACAGGCCUGGUCAUAUACUCGAUGGUCAGAUGUCAAUAUUGACUCUGUCAAUUGAUUCAUGUAUUCAUUAGUUGUAAUGUAAUGUAGCUGUCUGUAAAAGACAGUAUAGCAAAAGCCAAAGGCGGUUAAAGCCUUUGGGAUCACGGCAAACUUUUCCUGUUGAAGAAGGUGUUGAAGAAGCCAUCCCAGUGCUAUGUUUUUAUUCACAUGCUCAUGCAUAUCCAUGUCCCGUGACCGCGUAAGGUUGAAAAAGCAGACCCGUAAACCCCGUUAAAACACUCCCUGCAACCCGAUUUUAUGCGCAAUGAUGUUGAACUCGUAAAGAAAAUAAUGAAAGAAAGUAGCAAACAAACGAGAAUUGGUAUCAUAUCCAAGCUGUGGGGGUUGACCCCAGGUGAUAUCAACCCGCUUAGACGGGGAGAGGGAAGGAGCUGGCCCACUGGGAAACCUCCUUGCGGAGCUCGAGGAUCUCGGGGACAGUCUCAGAGGCAACCUUGGCCUUGAAAUCCUUGAGCUUGUUGGCCUCCUUGGGCAGCUCACCCUGGACCUUCUUGCACAGGUUGAUGGACUGGUCGAUGU